AUGGAUUCUGGUCGCGACGACGGCCUCGCCUCGGAGCUGGCGAACCUGCCGCUGGAGACGCGGUACCCGCCGUUCACGCUGCGGCAGUACGCCGGCUUCUGGCUGCCGGAGGUGACGCUGGCGCGCGGCCUCCCUGCGGCGCGCGACCGGUUCGCGCCGAGGCCGGACGAUGUGCUCCUCGCCAGCUUCCCCAAGUCCGGCACCACCUGGCUCAAGGCCCUCGCCUUCGCCACCGUGCGCCGCGCGGCGCACCCGCCGUCCUCCCACGACCACCCGCUCCGCCGCCGCAGCCCGCACGACUGCGUUCCGUUCCUCGAGAUCAGCCUCGCGCUCGCCGACGACAUGGACGCAGCGGCGGCCGACCUCGACGCGCUCCCUUCCCCGCGCGUGCUCGCCACGCACCUGCCCUUCUCCCUCCUCCCCGUCCCCGGGCGCCUCGCCGCCGCCGCCGGCCGGAUCGUGUACGUCUGCCGGGACCCCAAGGACGCGCUCGUCUCGUCCUGGCUCUUCACCAGGAAGGCGUCGGAGAACGUGGGCGUCGACGCGGGAUCCUUCUCGCUCCGGGAGGCCGUGGAGCUCUUCUGCGCGGGGCGCGGGCUGAGCUGCCCGCAGUGGCGGCACGUCGUCGAGUACUGGGAGGCGAGCCGGAACGAGCACCACAGGGUCCUGUUCCUCAGGUACGAGCAGAUGCUCCGCGACCCCGUGGGGAGCCUGAGGACCAUGGCGGAGUUCAUGGGGUGCGCCUUCUCCCCGGAGGAGGAGGAGCGAGGGGUGGACCGCGCCAUCGCCGAGCUGUGCAGCAUGGAGGAGCUCAAGAACGUGGAGGCCAACAGGAAGGGGCGCACGGGCUCGGGCGUCAAGGCCGACGCCUUCUUCCGGAAGGGGGUGGCCGGGGACUGGAGCAACCACAUGACGCCGGAGAUGGGGAAGAUGGUAGACGAGGCUGUGAAACACGGGCUCCGAGGGUCUGGUUUUAGCUUCGCCGACUCAACAACUCCGGUCUCCGGCCAACCCUCAACUUUGGCAAAAUGAAUGAAGAAUGCAUGACGAGACCGUCGUCUCCAGCACCGUACCAGCCUCGUCGUCGAUCGGCAUGAUGGUUUUCUAUGAUUUCUUUGGUUCAAUAUAAUGCUUGUGUUCUAUUUGUGUUUUGAGUCCGGUGGGAUGCGUGUGCGCGUGCAUCCAUGGCAACGCAUACUGUCCACUGUCCAUCAGCUUUAUUUUCUCUGCAUUUUUG